AUGCCGUGGCGAUGGCGGCGUGGGCAUUUGCCUCUGCCUCUCCGCCUCUUGCUUCUCCCUUUCUUGUUCUCCCUCCUCUUCUUCCUCGUCGUCCAGAGCAAUCGCCUCGCCAUCAUCCACCGCCGCCACCACUCUCGCUCCUCCUCUCCACUUGUCAAUCCUCCGCCUUUACGACCCUUCCAGCCAGAAUCCGGCCUCCCGAGCCACGACGUCCACCAAAGGUUCUGCCUUUACGCCGCCUCAGCUGGCGGCCGUCGGCAGCCAGGCUCACCUGUUUCCGCCCACACGUCCAAGAAGCAGAGGAGCAUGGCGCUUAUGAGGGAACUGCCGCGCAGCGCCCGCUCGAGGCGGUUCUCCGAGCGCGCCGCGGACUUCUUCACCGGGCAUCAAUGUAGAGAUCGCUUCUUUAUGGUCUGGCUUGCUCCUCUGCGGGGGUUCGGCCGGCGCGAGCUGUUCGCCGUUGAGAGCGUGUUCCACUCCCACCCGAACGCCUGCUUGCUCAUCGCCUCCGUCACCAUCGACUCCGGCGCCGGCGCUCUCCUGCUCAAGCCGUUUGUCGACCGCGGCUUCCGCGUACGCGCGCUAGCUCCGGACUUCACCUACCUCCUCAGCGCCACGCCGGCGGCGAUCUGGUUCAGACGGCUCCAGCGAGGAGAAAUUGACCCUGGCGACAUCUCCCUCGGCCAGAACCUUUCCAACUUGCUCCGUCACGCCCUCUUGUACAAAUACGGCGGCGCCUACGUCGACACCGAUGUCAUCGUCCUGCGGAGCUUCACCGCGCUGCGGAACGCCAUCGGAGCUCAGGCCGUGGACGCCGGGACGCAGAACUGGACGCGGCUCAACAACGCCGUGAUGGUGUUCGAUAGAGAGCAUCCCCUGCUGUACGACUUCAUGAAGGAGUUCGCGCGGAGCUUCGACGGCCGCAAAUGGGGGCACAACGGGCCGUAUCUGGUAUCGAGGGUGGCGACGAGGGUGGCGGGGAGGGCUGGAUACAAUUUCAGCGUGCUACCGCCGGCGGCAUUUUACCCGGUGGGGUGGAUAAAGAUAGAGAAGCUAUUCACGAGGCCACAAGACCGGAACCAAUCCAGGUUGGCAUCGGAGAAUCUUGAUUGGAUUCAACGGCGGAGCUACGCCGUCCAUCUGUGGAACAGGAAAAGCAGCGGGUUCAAGGUGGAAGAAGGAAGCGUGAUCAGUAGACUAAUGGCAGCUUGCUGCGUGCUCUGUAACUUCUCUGCGUCUGCUGCGAAGGCAGCUUAAUUCUAGGGACGAAGAGAAUACGAUGAUUUUUAGUUUUUAAAACUCUAAUUUGU